GUACUGCGUGUAUGUCGCUAUCGGGCAGAAGCGCUCGACUGUGGCGCAAAUCGUCGAAAUCCUGAGGAAAUUCGGUUGUAUGUCCUACUCGACGGUCGUCGCUGCUACCGCCUCUGACCCCGCGCCUUUGCAGUAUCUGGCGCCCUACUCUGGCUGCGCUAUGGGAGAGUACUUCCGUGAUAACGGAAUGCAUUCCGUGAUCGUUUAUGAUGAUCUUUCGAAGCAAGCAGUUGCCUAUAGGCAGAUGUCUUUGUUGUUGAGAAGACCUCCGGGACGAGAGGCCUACCCUGGUGAUGUUUUCUACCUUCACUCACGUCUCCUGGAGCGCGCUGCUAAGAUGAACGCCCGCACGAAGAAGGGAGGCAGCCUGACGGCCCUUCCCAUCAUCGAGACUCAGGCUGGUGAUGUGUCUGCGUUCAUCCCGACUAAUGUCAUCUCCAUCACUGACGGGCAGAUCUUCUUGGAAUCUGAGCUUUUCUACAAGGGUAUCCGUCCUGCCGUCAACGUCGGUUUGUCGGUGUCUCGAGUUGGCUCGGCUGCCCAGACUAAAGCGAUGAAACAGGUGGCUGGUACGUUGAAGUUGGAAUUGGCACAGUAUCGUGAGGUGGCGGCCUUCGCCCAGUUCGGUUCUGAUUUGGACCAAGCUACGCAACAACAGCUGUUGAGAGGUGGUAUUCUUACUGAGCUCCUGAAGCAAAAGCAGUACAGUCCGAUGGCUACCGAAGUUGAAGUCGUGACCAUCUACGCUGGUGUUCGCGGAUACCUCGAUAAGAUUGCUCAGAAGGAAAUCCCGAGGUUUGAGACUAUGUGGUUGGAGCACGUGUCGCAGAACCAUCCGGACAUUUUGAAGGCGAUCAGGGCUGAGCACCUCAUUUCGGACACGACCGAGGAGAACCUCAAAAACGCUAUGGAGGAGUUCCUCACCAUCAACGAGUUCGAAGCCCGUGCUGCCCACUAA